UUCUAAAGAGUAAAGUUCAGAUAUGCCUCGUUUGCAUGGCCAUAAGUUUGUGGUUUUAUCGACUCUAGAAAACCUGUCAACAAAACUCGAGAAUUAUCAAAUCGUUGCGUGCUUUAAGCCAUGCCAGUCGAAUUCACAAUUUCGUCGAAAAAUCUUUACGACGCUGGUCUUCAAGUAUCAAAAUGUUCUUUCCAUCCGAGUGAACCAGUUCUCGCCUGUGCAAUCGAUGGUGGAAAAAUUUGCUUGUACCACAAGCAACACACCGAAUUCAAAGGUGCUGCUGAAUUGAUUGUUCCUUUGUCUCAGUGGAACGAGACAGUUUUUAAUCCUGUUCCAACACAAUACCCCGUUUCCGGAAUUUCCUGUCUACAGUGGGACGUGGAAGGCAAACGAUUAGCUGUUGGUUACGAAAACGGCACGUUGAUUUUGUGGAGUCGGGACGGAUGUCGUUUGUUCGAAAGGAGAAAACACACGUCUAGAAUUUGGAGCAUUCGAUGGAAUCCAAUCCUGCUCAAUGUCUUCGCCAGCGGAAGCAACGACAGGUCGGCCUUGGUGUGGGAUGCUGAUAAGAAACCUUCACCGCUCGUCCAACGAUUCGUGGCUCAUGACGGAGAUCGGAUUCACGACGUCGUUUGGAUUUCCGAAAUUCAAUUCGCUUCGUUUUCCAGGGACCAGAAUGACGGGAUCGUUCACAUUUGUCAAAUCGGUAGAGAAACUCCGAUCAUGACGUUCGUGCACGGUGAUUCGAUAGAGGCGCUGAAAUGGAAUGGCCGAUUCAAUCUUUUGGCUUCGGUGUCAUCUUCUAGCGACGACCGGCUGCUUUUACAGGUCUGGUCACCGAGUCGAAAAGAUCCAAUCAGAAGAUUAAAUUACACGAAUAAAUCGCGAGUUGGAUGCAUUGAUUGGUUUCCACCGGGACGUGAGUCUGACUCUUUACUCAUUGUCGGGGGUUGUGCGGAUGGUUCGCUAAUCGUCUGGAAUCUGAAUGACGACGAAGAUCAACACCAAACGCUUUACGGACAUUCUCUUGCCGUUAACGACGUAUCCUUUUCGCCAGACAGGCGAUGGUUAGCCUCCGUUGAUCAAGAUGGAUACUUGAUCAUCCGAUUGACGACCGACUGGCGAAAAGCGUACGAGGCCAAGACAGGACCCAAUUACUGGCACCAAACUCUUUCGUGGAGUGGAUCCAGUGACAAAUUAGCAGUGACCAACGUUAGUUCCGAGGUUUUUGUUGUCGAAAUACUCCAUUAGAGCAUCGGUAGUAACCUGAAUCGUCCAGUUUCACGCAUUUCAAAGUCUGCCAAUUUGUUUAAAACAUUUAUCUUCGAGAUUCUCUUUUCGCAUCGUUGUGGUUGCGUUUGACUCAUGUUCUGUGUUUGUCGCGAAACGUUCAACCCUUGUUGUUUUUGUGCUAUAACACGAGUCAUGAGAGCGAAACGUGACCGCUUGUUGGCUUUUCGACACUACACCACGAUAAAUAGCGCUGCUUCAGCGUGAACGUGCAUACGUGGCCACUUUUGAUUUCAAGUCAACAACGACAUGCAAACAACUCGAAAACUUUUUAAAAUAGCCACACACACACACACACACACAUAAAUAAUACAAAAAAAUUGUGACAAAA